AUGGCGGCGGGGCCCGGGCCGGGGUCGGGGGGGAUCGAGGCGGUUUUGGGGGGUCCUGAGGGGGUCUGGAAGGGCGAGCGGAGCCGGGAGGGGGAGUUCGGGAAGGCCCUGCAGCGCCUGGUGAGCGGCGGCUUCGUCUGGGGACAAGAGCCCCCCCGGAAGUCGCCGCGGCAGCGCCGGUGCUGGGGACCCCGGCCCGAGACCCCGCUCUGGGAGGCCUCGGGGGGCCCGGGGGCGGCUCUGGAGCAGCAGCUGCAGCUCAGCGGUGGGGAGGGGUCUCCCGAGGACGAGGAGCUGGAGUUGGUGGCCGAGGUUCGCCUGGCGGAUCUGGGGGGGCUCGCGGCCGCCUCGGGGCUCCUGCGCAGGGAACGGCCCUGGAGGGUCCCCAAAGGAGACGGCGGCGCCGGCACCGGCACCGGCACCGGCGCCGGCGCCGCCUCCUCUUCCUCGCCGGGCAAAGAGGCCGAAGGGCGGCAGGACCAGAAGUACGACCCCUUCGACCCCACGGGCUCCAACCCCAGCUCGUCGCCCAGCAGCCCCGAGGAGGAGGAGGAGGAAGAGGAGGAGGAAGAGGAGGAGGAAGAGGAGGAGGAGGAGGAAGAGGAGGAAGAGGAGGAGGAAGAGGCGCCGGCGCUUCCCGACGUUUCCCACAGCAUCCGAGAGACUUUGGCCGGCAUCUACGACGACAACAGCCUGAGCCAGGACUUCGAGAAAGAUCCGGAACCGGGACCCCCGAAAACGCCGCCCAACCCGCCCGGCGCCGACUCCACGCUGCCCGGGGAGGAGGAGGAGGAGGAGGAGGAGGAGGAGGAUGAGGAGGAAAAGCGCGACGAAGGCUCCUCCUCGCUGCCGGAGCCGCGCCGCCGCGUCUUCGUGGUGGAUCUGGGCGGCAAAGGCCGCGCCGAGAGCGAGGCUCACGCCAAAUUCGACGGCAAACUCUCGCUGGAGGUGGUGACCCCCGGCAACCCCAAACCUCCCCAGAUCCCGCCGGCCCCUCCCCAGAAACCCGGCGGCUCCGGCGGCUCCGGCGGCGGCGCGGCCAAAGCGGCGCGGCACCGCGCCCGGCGCGAGUGGAACGCGCCGGGGGACUCGGAGAUCGAGGAGGGCGAGAUCGGCGGCGACGAUUUCCUGUCGCUGCACGCCGAUUCGGACGAGGAAGGCGAUUUCGGCGCCGAGUCCCAACCGGAUCCGCGGUGGAAAAGCGGCGGCGGCGCCGGCGGCGGCGGCGGCGGUUCCGAUCUGCGGCGGAAAAUCCUCAGCCAGCGCCGGCUGCGCGCGCCGCCCUCGCCGCGCUCGCCCUCGGCCGCCUCGAGGAAGAAAUCCAAACGCUCCCGCGAGCGCGGCGGCGGCGGCUGGGCCAAGAAAGCGCCGGAACCGGCGCCGAAACCCAAAGAGCGUCACCGGCGCCGCGCUUCCCGCUCCCGCUCCCGCCGGCGCUCGUGGUCGCGGCGCUCCCGCUCGCGCUCCAAGCGGCGCUGCCGCCGCUCGGGCAGCUCGGCGCGCUCGCGGCACAAGGAGAAACACCGCGGCGAGAAGAAGAAGAAGAAGCAGCGCUCGCGCUCGCGGGAUCGCCGCGCGGCGCGGCGCGACGGCAAAGCGGAGAAGGGCGAGGCGUCGGCGGCGUCGGCGUCGUCGCGGCGUCGCGAGGCCAGGGCGGUGGUGCCGCCGUCGGUGCAGGAGUUGAACGAUUCGGAUCUUUUCGCCAUCAAAAGGACCAUCACGGUGAGCCGGCGCGCCGCCGGCACGCCGGAACCCAAACGCGAGGUUCUCUACGAUUCCGAAGGGUUGAGCUUCGAGGGGUUCUCGGACCGCGAGCACGCCGAGGCGCCGGCGCGGAAAAGCGAGGCGCGGCCGGCGGAGCCCGGCAAGAAGGAGAAGGAACGGAAGCGCGGGCGCGGCGAGGAGCGGGCGGCGACGGCGACGACGAGGGAAAAAUACAAGAAGAAAUUCAAGGAAUACCCGGAAAGCGCCGAGAAAAGCAAGGAGAAGCAGCGGGAAAAAUCGGCGAGGAAAGGGAAGGCGAAGGAGGCGGCGGAACCGGCGGCGCCCAAAGCGCCGGCACCGCGCAAGGUGAAGCUCCAGUCCAAGGUGUCGGUGUUGAUCCGGGAAGGCGUCAGCUCCACCACGGCGGCGGCGGCCGGCAAGGAAAGCGGCGGCGCCGGCAUCGCGGUGAAAUUCGCCCGCGACGCCGAGAGCCGCGCGCCCUUCCUGAAAUCCGAGGAGAAACCGGCGGAAAAGGCGCCCCAAAAAAACGAGGGGACCCCCAGGGAGGCCGGGGGCGCCAAAAGCCGCAAGGUGAAACCCCCCAAGGCCAAGGGAGGGGCGAAGAAGACGAAGGCGAAGACGAAGGGCGAAGCUCGCAAGAAGAGGAAAACCAAAACCAAAAGCGCGCUGAAGAAAUCCAAGGCCGACAGCUGCAGCCAAAACCCCUCCCCGCCCGCCCUGCGCCUCCCCCAGAAACCCGAAACGCUCUGGUCCGGCUCGGAGAAAUCCGCCGGGGGUACCCCCAAACCGCCCAGCCCGCCGGUUGUCGCCCCGAAACAGCCGGCGGCGGUCGCCGCCGCGCCGGUUGUGCCGGCGGCCGAGCGGGAGCUGACGCCGGAUUCGCAGACGGUCGACAGCAGCUGCAAGACCCCCGACGUGUCCUUCCUCCCCGAGGAGGAGGAGGAGGAGGAGGAGGAGGAGGAGGAGGAGGAGGAGGAAGGGGCCGGGGGACCCCAACAGGCGGCCGGGGAGGAGGGGACAGGCGGCGGGGAAGCGCCGGGAGGGGAGCCCGAAGCCGACAGUCGGUGCCCGGGGAAGGAGGAGGCGGCGCGGCCGGCGGUGCCGGCGGUGCCGGGGGGAUGGAGCCUGCAGGGGGGAGGG